AUGUCGGCUGUUUCACAGCUGAUGUAUGAAGCUGAUUCCUGCAGGCCGCUGUGCUCUGCCUGGAUUUGUUUAACCCAGCAGAUCAACCCUCAGACAGGAGCAUGUGUGCAGAGAAAGAUUACCAAGCCAUGUCUGGACAUUGGUUUGGAGCUCCGUGUGCUUUACCAACCACAGUCUAGCAUCAUGAACAGCCUGCUGUAA